UUCUUCUGUGGUUCCCAUAACAACAGAUGCAAAGCAGUUACAGCAAAGUAUUGGAAACUCGUCAGGAGCGAAAGAGUUCGGUAGGAUGGCCAAUUUGGACACAUACCGAUGCAAUAAUUGCAAAAUGGAUUUCCGUUCCCAGAGACUACUGGAGAAGCACAAGGAAAAGUUCUGUAUUGGGAGCAACAUCGGAGAUCCUGUAGUUCUCAGUUCUCGAUACGCAGAUGGAGGGGAGAUCUUGCACUUGGAUGGUAGAGGAGUUCCAAGGAUGACAGAGAGCCCUGAUUUUAAGACAAGCGAUAGUAUUGCUCGCCUAAGAGCCAGGGAAAAUCUUCUUAAGGAGCGGGAACAGCAACUGAUGGAUGGAUACGGGCAGUUCGAAAGUCCUUCUGACAGUAGAGCUCUAAGAAGUCUAACAGAUGAGUUUCAGAAGCUGAGAAAAUCAUUGCAGGAGACUGUUCCAACACUGAGAUCGUUACAGUUUCAGGGGGAACCUAACUCCCAAAUACAUUGGGAAAGAGAUUAUCGUGAACGCAUGCAAGAAAUGGCAGAGGCUCAUGAACGGCACCUUGCAGAUAUCCAUGCACGGAACCAAACAUUAGAGCUUCAGCGAGAAGAUAUCCGCCAGCGACUUUCAGACUUUACUGGUGCUGGCUCCACCACUUCACACCUUGAACAGAUGCUCCUGGAACUAAAGGCCCAGGAGGAAAAGAACCAGUUGGCAUUGGAUGCUCUGAGGGACCAAAUUGGGCUCAUCCAGUCAGAAAACAGAACCAAAACAGAGACCGCGAACAAAAAUAUCCCAUCCAACACCUCUAUACAAAAAGAAAAGGUGUCUUUUAACUUGAUUGCCUUUCCCCAACGUGGAAGCUCCCUAUCCUCAGAGAUCAGUGCCCUACAACUGGCUUAUGUUCAAAGUGGUGGAAAUGAUCCAUCUGUUUUGGUACAAAUGCAGGAUCUGCAAGCAGAAGCACUGACAUUUGAAGAAAUGGCACAUAAACAGGAGCGCAAGGAGAAGAAGAAGCGAAAAAAUGAAGCUGCCCCUCGAUUGCUUGAUGCUGAACUUAUGGCAGUGGAGUUGGAGAAUCAGCGCUUGGAAGAGGAGAUCUUUAAUAUAAAGAUACAGAGAGGCAAGAAGAAGGUUGGCAAUGGGGACUCUGAACUGGUUGAGAUGCAGCGGGAGCAUCUCCAACAAAUGGCACAGCUACAGGCUGACAUUGAGCUACUCAGAAGGGACGUCAGCAGAAUGCCUCCUCGAGUUAGUCAUGGGCCCCCGCCAUUUCUGCCUCCGCCUGUUGCACCCCCACCCCCACCACCAGCGCAUAUCUCAAGGCACCCAGCAGGGAGACCAGACGGUGCAGUAAUGAUGGGAAGUUUGGAUAUGGUGCGCCCUCCUAGUCCGUCUGCAAACAGACAUGUAGUUGAACCUAUAGAUGCACUGGGACCUGCACCUUAUGAUCCAGUGGCUGGUUUUGUCAUAUUCUAUGACUUUCUGCUGGGACUGGACCCAACAAUUCAGAAGAUCCGGCUGGUCAGUGGCCUGUAUAGUAAUGGGCAGAAAAUGGGACAAACUACAUCCCUCCCGGAUGUUUUGUGUGAAGUGUGGCAAUCAUCACACCACCUGGCCAAUGCCCCUAAAGGAAACAUUGCUAUGUUAUCAGCAAAGCAGCCCAUUCCAAGAGUUCGACCAUCUUUUUCCAUUUCUCUUAUUAUGGAACUACAAGGAUCAGGAGGAUUCAACCCAUAUGGGCAGGAAGUGCAACAGCUGUCCCCAUUUGGAUGGGCAAAAUUUGAUCUGUUUGAUCAGCACAACCAAGUCUUAAGUGGCCGAUGGAAGCUCCCUGUUAGAUCAUUCCCAGUAAGACCAGGUUUACAUACAGGACAACUCAACACAGUUCCACAGGUGGGAAAAGCUGAGAUUUUCUUUCGUGUAAUUAAUGCCAGAGAUGCUGAAAUUCAGUCCAUGGCAGAAAUAGACCCUAGAAAUGCAUCACUAUACCAGUACCCUCCUUUGAUGUCUGGUCCAGCCGUUGCUGUCGUGAAUAACCCAGCACCUCAACCAACUUUCCACCCUUCCCUAAAGUCAUUUAACAUGCCUCUUUCUCAUUUCACUGACUAUGUUGACCCACCCCCAGUACAAGAGCUGCCAAACCAACAAAAAGACAGUCAGAGUGAAAUACCAUUGGACGGACAGAAAGAACUAGAGUUGUCCAAAGCAGGAAACCCACACAGCCUGGGGUUUAUAAUAGACAGAGUUAAAGAUGCGCCUUUAGGAGAUGGAACACUGCGUCUGACAGGAUAUCACAUGAAGACAGGAAAAGUUGUUCAAACUAAGCACAAGGGAAUGAAUUUUGUCAUUUCUGCUGUGAGCUCCAACAUCAGGCAUGGACACUUCAUUUUUGGAGAGCAGGAGGUGAUUUUUGGUGGUGUGACUCCUGAAGAAGACAUGCUUCUUAUGCUGCGCUUCUAUCACUGGCCUGGAGGCAGCACUGCCUCGGCUCCCUGGGAAGCAAGGAGGGCCUUUAAGCCACUGCCAGCCAGUGAUGAAUGGGCAGCAGCUUGGGCUAUUCUGAGGCUCACUAGGGCAGCAUCAACAGAAAUAAAAGAUCGUGAUUAUACUAAAAAAGGCACAUAUGUGUGGAACACAGGGACCCAAGAACUUGCUCUGUACCACUCUCCUGCACCCCCAAUAAUGCAACUGUCGGCAAUACUGCCAGAGCGUUACAAUGAGACAUUUGAACAAUAUGGCAGUGCCACAGUGCAUCUCUGUCUAUUCAGUGCAUCAAGACCAGACCAGGCAUUUCCUUCAGUGGCUCCCACAACUGAUGAGCGUAUCCAAGAGAUUCCUAGGGAUGUAUACAUUCCCAUCUCUCGAAUGACACCAGUGUGUGAGCACUUCACUUCUGCCGACAGCAUUAUCCUGUACAUUGACGGUGCUCGUUUCCUUCCUGACUCAGUUACAGUCACCCAUGUCACAGGAAGAAUAUUUGACAAGAACUAUGAGCAGUUUGGACCAGAUAUCUCCACAGGAGUAGAUUUAAAUAGUGACAUUUUCCAGCCAUUCUAUAACUUCUCAUUACAGAUCCAGCCAUCAAACCUACCUCCUACAGCUACUCUCCUAUUGAAGGUAUACACUAUUGAUAGAUUUAUGCAAGAACUGACGCUUAUAGGUUGGGCAGCUCUCAAUUUGUUUGUAGAGUCUGGAACCCAGAGAGCACCCAUUUCAGACUCAGAAGAUAUCAAGGUAUCUUUAAAUGAAGGUGCCCAUCAAAUCCGUUUGUAUCACAAAGCCCCUGCUACUGAUCAGUCAUUUUCAGUGGAAUCAGUGAUAUCUUCAGGACGUGUUGUACCAUGUGCCACUUUGCUGAUACGAGUAAUGAAAGUUUCCAUGAAAAACCAACAACACUUGCAGAAUUAUAACAAUUCCCAGUUGGUCAAGGAGCAUCCUGAUUAUGAAAAAGGGGUGUAUAUUUCAGAUUCUGCACAACCUACGCAGGGAGAGAUACAGCUCUACAGAGCAAUGAUAAACAGAUCAGUGAUAUUGGGCCGAGAUGUGAUCCCUUCUCUAGCUGGGACUUCAGAUCACGAACUAAACUCAGACAAGCAACUUUCCACUUGGGUCCAGAGGACAUUUUUGUAUUUGAAAAAUAAAAUCCCCCAACCAUUCCAGCUUUGUUGUGUCUCUCGCUACAUUGUAUCUUCAGGAUUAAUGGUUUCAGCUGACAGAGCCUACAAUUUACCUUGGUCCGGUUUCACUCUUGCUCAUAUUUGCCUCAGCCCUCCAGCAGCAUUUUAUUUUGGCCAGCCUUGGGUAAAAUAUGACCAUGCAGUCCCUGUGGAUGACAUUGAUUUAAACAGUGAUCAGAAAUGCCCAUUGUGGAAAGAUGGGUUUAAGAGCUUUCCAGAGAGGGUAUACCAUAAGUAUUUAACAGUUAUAUUUCAACUACAUGAGAUUCUUCUGGUUAAAAAAGGUAAAAAUCCGGAGACUGAUAACAAGCAAGAUUACCAUUCAGCAGAACAAAGUCAGCAUGAGUUAUGGCAGGGGCAACAGGCAUGGACAGCUUUGCAAGUAUUUUACAAACAAUACUGUAACUUUGGCAUCUACCAACUGCCCUUGUACUAUGGAGUUCCCAGUAAGGCAGUGUUAUCGGCAUUGGCAUCAGAUGACUGUAAAGUGACACUGACAGAUCUUGUAAAAACAAACACUAUCCAGUUAUUGCCUGGUGCUUCUCUAACUGUUCGAAUAGCAGAUGGAAGGCGGCAUGGAGAGUUGCUGGUGUAUAAUCUCCAAGAAAAGAAUCAGAUGUACCUGCCCACAGAGGCUAUGAACUCAUACAGCGAAGAGCAAAGUGGUGGAAAAUUGGCAGAGUUAAUACCAGACAGAGAAAAAGAGGACUUUAAAAAGCACCUUGUAAACUGGUUCAGAAAGCAUCUCAGCCUAAAUAAUGAACUUGUCCAUCAUAACAAUGAUGUGGAGAAGGAGACAAGGCAGCACACUCAAGAUACAGACUGAUAUCUACUAGCAAACCUUCACUAACCAGUUCAGACUUUAAAGGCAACACCCAUCCCAGGAAAUAAACCAAUUGCCGGGGUGGGGGAGUCGGGUUUAACAGUCACGGAUCAAGGCAGCCUCUUGUUACCUUACAGUAAGCACAUGUAACAUUGCAUAUAGUUUGAAGGUUUGUAAUAAAGCUUCCAGUAAGGAGAUAGGAAGUUUGCAAGUA